UAUUACAAACUAUAGUAAUGUUACAAUAUCCAUUCAGAUACCUAAAUAAAGAUAUUUUUAAAACAAAUAUCUAUGAAUGUACUUAUAUUGGUUUAUUAAUUGGUUGUUGCUUAAUUACGCAAAAUACUAUAUAUGUAAUACAUGCAAUCUAUGAUAUAUACCUCCGUAUACCUAAAUGAUGUAGGUAUAUUCAUAAUAUUAGAAUUGUUUUACAAAAAUGGCCGAAGAAAAACCAACAUUCGAUUAUCACGAGGAAACUCAUGGCGAAAAGUUAACGCGUAAAUCAAAAGAAUCUCCGUUCAUGAUUAUUGGACUAUCCAGUCUAGUGGCAGCUGUAGGAUAUGGCGCAUAUAAAUUCAAGCACCGAGGCGCUAUGAGUACUAGCGUCUUCCUCAUGCAGUUCCGUGUUAUAUCGCAAGGUGCCGUAGUCGGGGCCCUCACCGCUGGCAUGGCGUACACUCUCUAUAAUAACCACUUCAAUAAACCUAAAUCUAACGAACAUUGAAUGUGGAUCUUUUCAAUACAAUUUUCAUGUUUCUAUUACCCAAUAAAU